UUCAUUUACUCCACAGCAGAUAUCCGCUGGAAAAAAAGUAAUACGCAGCCAUUGUUAAUGUUUUGCUCUGCGUGGAUGGAAGCGGGUGUUGGAGUGGCUGGCGUAGCAAGAGAAACGCGUAUCUACAGUCCGUCAUCAGCUUCAGUUCAUCCAUUUACGCGUAGUAUUUUUGUGACGAGUGCAUAAAAGGAAUAGCAGCAGCUGGAAAAUACACGAAAAAGAACCAUCGAUGGCUGAGAAGCGGCGAUCUAAGAAGCGUAAGGAUGAAUAUACUGGUCCCGGUGGGGCCGAGCAAGAGUUGGACAAGGCUACUAAGGAAGAGUAUAAAGUAGCAAAAUGGCUCAAAUCAAAUGUACCUACGAAGAAGACAAAAUUUUUAAAUCAUAAUGUUGAGUACUUUUCUUCGGGAAAAGCUGUGGAUGCCUUGCUGGCGUCAAAAUUUGCGCAGGGAGAGAACUGCUUAUUUCCCCAUCGCCAGGCGGUGAUUGACUUCAUGGAUGGAAUGUUGCACCAUAAGUUUUUCCAUCGAGCCAAAAAAGUAACUGUUAGUGAGCAAGAACUACGAGGAAAAUCCAAGAAACCGAAUUCCGACAAGGAUAAGGGAAAGGAUGAAAAGCCAACAGAUGGUGGUGAAAGCAGUCAUGCCGAAGGAGGAGGCGGAAAGGCAGAAAAAGCGGCAGCCGAAAAGGAAAAACGGAAGCGUAAAAUCCGCGUAGAAAUGCACCCGGAACAGCUGUUUGUCGAUGGCCAUGAAGCUUACGUCUGGCUGUAUGAUCCCAUUCCGAUGCAUUACUGGAUUUUUGGUGCCCUGCUGGUAGUGGGAGCAAUUGUCAUCUGUUUGUUCCCGCUGUGGCCACCGUUGCUACGGAAGGGUGUUUACUAUCUUAGCAUAGCGGCCGCUGGGUUCUUGGUAUUUAUUCUCGGCCUUGCCGUCCUUCGAUUCGUCAUCUUCUGUCUGGUGUGGAUUGUAACAGGAGGCAAGCACCAUUUCUGGUUGUUACCGAAUUUGACUGAGGAUGUAGGAUUCUUUGCAUCGUUUUGGCCGCUUUAUGAUCACGAAUACAAGGAAAGUAACUCGGACAAGGAUAAAAAUAAAAAGAAUAAAAAACGAAAGCGCGAUAAAGACAGCGACGCUGAGGAAGAUGCUCCUGGUGUGAGUGUCCCCUCGAAGAUGGAUGAGGUCAGAGAACAUGAUUCGAAUCCAAAUGUAUCGGAAGAGACGCAGCUAAGGCAUCGAGAAGUUGCUAAAUCCGAAGACGAUGUUGCUAACGUUAGUGAUGGACAGGAAGAGGAUCACGGUGAUAAGGGUAAAACUUCACCUUCGGAAAGCGAAUCGGAAGGCUCCCAGCGGUCCUCCACGGGCAAGGAUUUUGAAAUGGUAGACCCUGACGAGGUGGACAACUCGUAAGCUGUAUAUUCAGAUAUCCACACAGCAAGCUGCUAGAACAGACAUUUAGACAUCUGCACAUUAGUUGAAGCAUAGCAAGUAUAUCAACUACCUAUUAUGGGCAACCUAUUAUGCAUGGAGCUACAACAAUUGUAUUUAUUGCUUACCUAUAUUUGUUUUCGAUUAGUUUCAACAAAUUUACCCGAUAAAAUAACAUUAGUUUUUUAGCCGUUGUAUAAAGGAUUAGAAAGUGACAAGCAAAUAUCGAAAGGUAUGACGUACCUUACAGCAGCAUGUUUAGGUAAGAUCUGAUUCAUUAAGGCCACUAAACACUAACAGUUUAGUUGGUGCUGGAUAAUUCUAGUGGUAGCAAAUUAACUGAAGUCACGCAACAUAUGUGGAAAAUUUCUUGAUGUGGAUAAUAAAGAUGAUUUUAUUUACAAAAAUAAACCCUUAAAAUGAUUACCUUUUUAAACUUCUGGUCCUUUGGGGUUGAAAUUUUUAUAAAACGAUAAAACAAUUCUAAAAUUCAGAAAGUUGUUAUAUUGGUGUGAAUAUAAGCUCUUAAAAACUGAUGUUAACAAAUUAAACGAAAAAGCUCACUUUGCAUAAAAUUUAACGUAGGUUUGCGAUUCCAGCCGUAACGAAAACCGUUUUAAGUUUUACAGAAACCGAUACAAUUAGAAUAUUCGAAUGAUAAAAAAGUUAGAAGACAUCUGAUAGUUUGUUAACUGAUAAUUCGAUUGGUAACUGUGGUAUUUUUUUAGUCUGGUUUAUUGAAAACAGUGCUAAUUCCAAUAACAAUAUAAAAACA